AUGGAAGAAAACAGUGGAAAAACUAAGUCCAAAAAAACCAAAGAAGAAAAAUCCCGCAAUCAUAGAGAGUCAAACCCUGAGCAAGAUGAAAUAAAAAUGUUUAAAGAGAAUCUACUGCAGUCCGUUUCCACCGGGGAUUCCAUAUUAUCUGAAAGCGCUGACAUCUCCGAAGAGACAAAACCAUAUUCCACUUCCAAGGCGCGGGAAGCCUUAUCUGUGUCAGACAAUGUUUUAGCCGAACUCGAUGAAUCUAAAAUAUUUGAACUGAAAGAGGCCUUCCUUCUUUUUGACAUGAAUGGUGACGGCUGCAUAGACCAAAAUGACCUUCGCGCUACAUUAGUCAGCCUCGGGGAAAAGAUAGAUGAACAGGCAGUAAAGAACAUGCUUUCCGAAGCUGCAAACCCACUGGACUUUGAUGCAUUUGUCCACCUUCUUGGUUAUAAAACACUCGAACUGGAUUCAGAAGAGACCCUUGUAGCAGCUCUUUCUCGAUGGGAUUACGAUAAUACGGGAUAUAUUUUGGAGGAAAAAAUCCGCCAGGAUCUAAUGACAAGGGGAGAUCGCUUUACUGAAAAAGAAGCUGAUUAUGCUCUCGACGAAGCACCAACUGUAUACAAAGACGGAUAUGCUUUUAUAGAUUACAAGCAAUUUUGUUCGAAACUUUGCGGUCUGAGGAAGUCUAACAAACGUGCUCUUCAAGUUUGA